AUGUUGACAAAUAGUAGUACAGACUACAUUCUCGAAAAUACUUUAAAAGAAAUCUUAUCUGAUGUAAUAGUUUUAUGUAUAAAUUAAGAUGCUUCAAUUACUUGAAUAGAAUAUAAGAUCAGAAGAGGAGUUGCAUCACAUAUAAGAAUAACUUUAGGAUUAUGAGAAUUUGCAGCAGUUAGCAGAAACAAUGAAGUUUAUCUUCUAAGCAUUAAAAAAGAAAUUUAAAGAGAAUAAUUAUCAAUAGAAAUUUUUCAAAUGCGAACCAAAAUCUCAAAAUUAUGAGAAAUUAGAAUAGGCAGUUCAAAAAUACGAAUAAGAAAUAAGAAUACAUAUUAGAGUAUGACUAAUUGGUAUAUAAAUUUAGUUAGGCUUAACAUGAGAUGAAAAUAUUCAUUGAAACUAUUUAAUAACAAUUAGAAGAAUCAGAACAAAUAAGAAAAGAAUAUCUUAAAGAAACAACCUAAAUGAUUUAAGUAAUAUGUGAUUUACAGUUAGAAAUUAAAAAAAGAGAAUUAUAAUUUGAUUUAAUAAUUGAAGUAUUAUACUUAAACCUAUAAACAACAAACUGCAUUGAAUUCCAGAAGGGAUAGCACAUAAACUAUAAAUUAAACUUUAUAAAAAUAACCAUCAAAAUCAAAUCAUUUAGGUAAUGAAUCAGGGAAAUAAGAUUAACACAAUAAUAGCUAAAAUAUGAAACUGCAAUAAACUUAAAACAAUAGUUUAAAUGAAUUACUAAAAAAUAAAGAUUCUUAAAAAUCCUUGACUUAAAGACCUCUUAUAUCUAAGUAAUAAUUCAUUUUGAUAAUUUUAGUCGAAAUAAAAGCUAUUCUGUAGGAAUAAGCAAAUAAAACUUAAUAAAUAGCAGUUUAAUUUAAAAAUUGAUAUUGGAAUAAGCGUCAAAAAGGAAGAGUUUGCAUGCAGACAGUCAUCGAUCAAAAGGAUGCUUAGAUUAACAGAAGUUAUCUAACAAUUGA